CUGGUGGACAGCGAUGAGUUUGUGGUGCCCCAAACGGCGUUCUUCGGGAAGCUCGACGCCACCCUCGACUACUUCUUGCGAGCGGGUGGUCUCGAGGGAAAAUUGAGAAGCCUGCGCGACCGAUUUGAAAACGAGGAGAAGAUGACGAAGAAGUUAUUACAGUUAAGGGUAGAUCUUGAGAAGACUACAUGAGAAAAAAAGCAAAGGAGGCGCAAAAAAGGAAGAGAAGGAGAGAUAAAGACCUUCCUGAUGGCUCUUUUACUCUUUCUAAUAUUGCAGGAGAAGCUCCUGGCGAAGCUUCUAGGAGAGGAGAUGGCGUUUGAGCAGAUUUUGCCUCCAGUAUUUGAAUUCGGGGACAGCCAACACGUCGAGACCCUAUCGGACUUCGAUUUCUUGCCUCGCUUAUACUAUUAAGGAAGCCUGUCUACGCAUUAAUAGCAUCACAGAUACUGAUAGGCAACAUCCUUCACUGAUGGGAAUCGAUGCGGGUGACAGUUUGUUAGAAGAGUUAGAGUGACGAGUGUUACUAGUUGUUGAUUACCUCUAGGCUUGUUAGGUAGGAGAACAUUUUCAGGAACCAAUGUCGGAAUCUUCUCUAAACUGAGGACUACGUAGUUGUACUAGUCUUUCUCUAAAAAUGCUACGUAGUUGUACUAAUAAUCCAUCGUACUACUAGUCUCUCUCUAAUGCUAUCAGUCUUCCUGGUUUCCUCGGACGUACAAGAGCAUUCUCUGGGCGCCAAUCAUCAAGCAAAAUGACACCUGCUGCUGCACAAGGACAACGAUAAGGACACGAACUACUCCACCACCGUCCUCUUCAGGAACCUCUUCUAGUACGAGCAGCAGUAGUACGGAUCAGAAACUACAGCAGUCUUCAUCUACGAGCAGAAAUAGUCACAAGAACAUGAACAUCUGUAGCUGUGUUACGGCUUACCCCAAUCCAUCUUCUGAAGCAUCUAACAUCUUAGACCUGUCCCAUAAAGGGGAAAAUAGCUCCAAGAUGAAUCUCGCGAUGGAUUAGGGUGAGCGCUAACUGUAGCAGUAGGAGUAGUUGUACUUCUACUUCAACUUCAUCAAAUAUCAACAUCAAGCAAAUAUCCGGCAGCGUUCCCGGUAGGCCGCCGUUUAUAUCGGGCAACCCGCACACAAUGGUGAACGAAGGGGAGGAUGUUCCGAACGGGCAAAUGAUUCGGAGUUGCGAGUACCCCUUGUUAUGGAGUAGCAAAGGAAAAUCCAUACCCCUCCUCCAAAACCUGAAUUUCUUAUUCUUUCAUGGACCGAGAUAGAAAUACAGCUGUGGAACUUUUAGUACACAGCUGUUUUGCUUCUUUAGAUACGUCAGCUGGUACUGCACUUUUUACUCGAGUACUACCAGACUGAAGAGCAUAGCCGCGAUAGCUCACCUGGAUAAAAGCUGACGGACGCAUCUAAUGUUGAAACUUGGACCCCUCCUGAUUUGCUUCCGACACGCGGAGCUCAAGUCUGUCGCCUGGGUCGGAAGCUCGGGUCUCG